AUGGCAAAGAUAAUCUUAGAGAACGCUAUUGGUCGUGCUUGUGUGUCUCUUGGACAAUUCUUUCGAUCCGGCAAUGAUGUGCGGAGCCUGCAUUAUCCCUGGACCGCCGUCUACGGUGCUCUCAACAGUGCCGGGGAUUUAGAAAUAAAGGAAUGGCUUAGGGACAAGUCUGAGUUCGAUGCUUAUGUCAAGAGCAACGGAGGGCAGCCUGAGCGAGAACUUAUCGAGCUGGUGAGAACUACCACACUCGCAUGGGACAGUGCAUUCAAAGGCAACCCCGCGGGUGUGCUUCUUGAGACUAUCGCGGAUUUCCUUGCCCUGGAAAGAUCUCCCUAUGCCAGGCUAACUGGCCUCGUGAAUUCAUCUGGAACCGGCAAAUCUCGCAUGGUGGAUCAACUUGGCAAGGAAAUCAUAACAGUGCCCAUGUGCCUACGUUUGUGGGGCAGCCAAGGGUUCCCUGAUAGGACUCUGCGUAAUUGGCUUCUCUUUUCUGAGACGACCGAUUGGCAGACUGUCUCAGAGAAACAAGAUAUACAUGAGUUAUCCCGUCACGAUGAGGAGUCUGCUAGAAAAUUGUGCAAGGAAAAGCCGGAAGACUAUGUGCCAUUGGUCAUAGAGCUCCAAAAGAGGCUGGCAUCCGCCUUCCGCGAGCAUAUGACCGCAGGUCAAUCAUAUUACACCUCGAAUCCCAAUCGAGAGAUUUUCUACCACAAGGUAAUUGAGUUGACCGACAAGGUGAAUUUCCUGUCCUUCUCUACUUUUGACGACAUUGCGUACUCAGCAUCGAAGGAUACCGUGACCAUAGACAAAGUAGUACAAAUUGAUUGGAUUUCCCAUCUCGGUUGCCCAUUAUUUGGAUCUUAUUGGGACAAUCUACCAGGGGAACACAAAUAUGAGUCAGUAAUUAUGGAAUAUGUUAAGAAGAAGCUGCUAGACGGUCCGACUGCGCUGAGAAAUAGCAAUCCGACUGGUACCCUAGCCUGCCUCUCUGCACGUUUCGCCCUGGAGUUUAACAAGAACUCUCCAGCUGACGACGUAGGCUAUGCACAAGUGAAACGGCAUAUGCGACUCUGCAUCGGAGCGACUGCUGAACUCGAUAAAUUGAUCGGGUCCGAACCACUUUUGGCUGAGGCAGCCUAUGAACUUAUGAAGGACAUGCAGGGGAACGCGAAGAUGGCCGUCUCUGACUCUGACUCUGAGUCUGAGUCAACUACUGAAGAGCCAAAGAAAAAGAAAAGGAAACUGACUCUGGAGCCGGAAACGGUGCCUCCGAAGCCGGUUAUCCGAAUGGUGUUCGCCUUGGCUUGUCCUGAGCCUGCCGUAGUCUUUGGGGAGCGGCCCAAGGGCCGGCCUCGUUUCGACCUUUCCGACAACGCCAUCGCCUACGAUAUCUGGCUUGCAGGCCUCUCGCCCAAAACCUUCAGGCAAAUUCGAGAGGAGGAUUUGGAAUCAUACGAAACGCUUCUGUUCACUUGUGCCUCAUGCCGGAUUUAA